AUGGAGAAGAGUGGGAACAUUCAGCUGGAGAUUCCUGACUUCAGUAACUCUGUCCUGAGCCACCUGAAUCAGUUACGCAUGCAGGGUCGCCUAUGUGACAUUGUGGUCAACGUGCAGGGGCAAGCUUUCCGUGCUCACAAGGUGGUGCUGGCUGCCAGCUCACCCUACUUCCGUGACCACAUGUCCUUGAACGAAAUGAGCACCGUUUCCAUUUCUGUCAUCAAGAACCCUUCUGUUUUUGAGCAGCUCCUUUCUUUUUGUUACACCGGUAGGAUAUGUCUGCAGCUAGCUGACAUCAUCAGUUACCUAACGGCUGCCAGUUUCUUGCAGAUGCAGCACAUCAUAGACAAAUGCACGCAGAUUCUCGAGGGAAUUCAUUUCAAAAUCAACGUGGCAGAGGUGGAAGCGGAAUUGAGCCAGACCAGGACAAAGCAUCAGGAGAGACCACCGGAGUCUCACCGGGUGACGCCAAAUUUAAACCGUUCUCUGAGCCCACGUUACAACACCCCGAAGGGGAGUCGCCUGGGGCAGGUUAGCACAGUGCUGGACAUUCGGGAGCUCAGCCCGCCCGAGGAGUCCACCAGCCCCCAGAUAAUUGAGCAGAGUUCAGACGUGGAAAGCAGGGAGCCCAUACUACGGAUUAACAGAGCUGGACAGUGGUAUGUUGAGACGGGAAUGGGAGACCGUGGGGGACGGAACGAUGACGAUGUCCGGGUGCUGGGAGGAGUACACAUUAAAACGGAGAACCUGGAGGAGUGGCUCGGGGCAGAGCAUCAGCCAUCGGGAGAAGAUGGGAGCAGUGCUGAGGAGGUCACUGCUAUGGUGAUCGACACCACAGGCCACGGAUUGAUGUGCCAAGAAGCUUACGCGUUAGGGUCCUCUGGGGCCAAAGUGGUCAGGCCAACCAGCAGUGAGAUUGACAGAUUUAGCCCUUCUGGCAGCAUGGUUGCUGUGACUGAGCGGUACAGAUCAAAAAGCGAGUCUCCCAGGCGGAUGGAUGAACCCAAGCAGCCCAGUUCCCAGGGGGAGGAAUCAGCCAUGCUUGGAGUGAGCGGUUAUGUGGAAUAUCUUCGGGAGCAGGAGGUUUCAGAGCGCUGGUUCCGGUACAACCCACGGCUUACUUGUAUUUACUGCGCCAAAUCCUUCAACCAGAAAGGCAGCCUGGACCGGCACAUGCGUCUCCACAUGGGCAUCACGCCUUUCGUCUGCCGCAUGUGUGGGAAGAAGUACACCCGCAAGGAUCAGCUGGAGUAUCACAUCCGCAAACACACAGGCAACAAGCCCUUUCACUGCCACGUCUGUGGCAAAAGCUUCCCUUUCCAGGCCAUCCUCAACCAGCACUUUCGCAAGAACCACCCUGGCUGUAUGCCUUUGGAGGGGCCUCACAGCAUCUCUCCUGAGACCACCGUCACAUCUCGGGGGCAGGCAGAGGAAGAAUCUCCUCCGCAGGAGGAGGCUGUUGCCGUGGGGGAGACGGCACAGGGAUCUGUGUCCACGACCGGGCCAGAUUGA